AUGGGGGACGACGACGACUUUUAUUUGCGCUACUACACCGGCCACAAGGGCAAGUUCGGCCACGAGUUUCUCGAAUUUGAAUUUCUCGCGGAGGGGCGGAUGCGCUACGCGAACAAUUCGAAUUACAAGAACGACACAAUGAUUCGAAAAGAAGGUAAUUAA